GACCUGGCUGUGCGGCUCUGCCUGGGCCACUCGCCCCCCAUCCGAAAGCUGCUGAACUCCUAUGAGGAGCUGCGAGGCAACCGAGGGCGCAAACCCCUCCGCUCCUGCCUAAACCAGAAGCCAAGCACCGAACCUGAACCUGAGCAGCGAGAUAGCGCCAAGGGCUCCAAGGGCCAGAAGAAGAAGCAGGUUGUGUUUGCCGACAUGAAGGGGCUCUCGCUGACAGCUGUCCGCUUCUUCUCAAAGAUUGAGGAGGACCUCUCUGACCUGCAGCACGCCCUGUCUGAUCUGGCCCGCUUCCGACCCCGGCUGCGGGACUCACGCCCAGAAGCGUGCAGGUAUGUGCUGGACUUCCCGCAGCCCUCUGUGGACUACGUGACUUUCCGCAGCCGCCUACACAGCAACCUUGUCUGCCUGGAGAACUGCCUGAUCCAGGACCGUGCCCUGUCCGGGACAGUGAAGGUCAGAAACAUUGAGUAUGAGAAGAAGGUGAUGGUCCGUGUCACCUUCGAUGGCUGGAAGAGCUUCCGUGACAUCUCCUGCCAGUACAUGCACAGCACAUACGCCUCAGGUGACACAGACACCUUCUCCUUUGAGCUGGCCCUGCCCAAGCCGUCCAUCUCCCGCAGGGCUACAGAGUUCUGCAUCUCCUUCCAGUGCGGGCAGAAGACCCACUGGGACAACAACCAUGGGAGGAACUACAGGAUCUGCCACAUGAGCACGAUCCGCCCUCCCUCCCAUGCCGUGAAGAGUGCCAACAGGGCCUGGGAGCACCUUGGCACCUCCCGGGCUGCCGCCCUGGUCCUUUCCCACCUGCAGACCUGGCGCUGCUCGGAGAGCCAGGCUCCGUAUUGGUAG